AUGACAGAAAACACUUAGUAAUUUCUAAUCAGCCUUGAAAUCCAAACGUCCACUUGGCAUCGUGACACCAACUGUCUCUACGAUUAUCAAGCUACCGUCACAACCAAAAAUCAUUUUACUCUAAAUUAUUCCGCAAUUUUGCAUAGAGCGAAUAAUUCCUGCAUCCUGAACAGCUCAAGCUGCCACCGAAAGCUUACUGAAGACUCAAACCCCAUUUUAUCAAUAAAAGCACGUGGGGGCGAGUUUACUAUCCAGCAAGCUGGCGAUUCUUUAAACGAACGCCUUUGACUAGUCAUAAAAUCCAUUCGAAACAGCGGCAUCAAAGGCUACAAAAUUUGUGAAGGCGACUGGAUUAGGCUAGGCCGCGUUCGUCUACAAGUAAAGCGCAUCUGUACAAAUCCCAAGGCAAAUUUAGCGAUCCCAAUAGAGUCGAAUAUAGAAAAAGCGAAUUUUCAGUAUUUUGAGCCAUUUCAAGGGGACGAAGUUGUAUCUUGCCGCAUAUGCUUAAGCAAUACAAAUUCUAAAGAAAACCCACUGAUUUCGCCUUGCCACUGUAUAGGGACUAUGAAGAAUAUUCACGUUGGCUGCCUGCAGGAGUGGCUGACUAAUAAAGUUAUUGUAAACAGGCUGCAAAAAGCGACUUCUUAUUAUUGGGGGGAACUGUCUUGUGAAAUAUGCAAGGCGCCAUUGCCAUCAAGUAUUUGUAUAGGAGCAGAGCGGUUUGAUUUAAUUGCAAUCGUAAAUCCCGAUAAACCUUAUACUAAAAAUAUAGGUCAGCACCUGUUAUUGGUGGCCCUGGGCUUUCAGAUGCUGCCCAGCUAGUGGAAUUGACUGUUGCCAAGUCAGUUCCAUCGGUUGGCAAGCGGCCAUAUAAGUUUCACUUGCCAACUGGCUUUGUUGACUUGGUAACUGACUUUGAGCAAGCAAUUUCACUAGUUGGGUAGCAUCGGAUAGCCCAUUAACACCAAUAACAGGCCUUAGGCUAUAGUAAAUUAUAUAGAAAAUAUUAUAAAUAGCAAUUUAUUAUAAAUAUAAUUUGGUAUAGCAUACAUAUUAUUGGAAGACUAUAGGCCUGAAAGAAGUGAAUCUCGAUGUUUACAUGUAGUAAGCUUAAAUGACGGUGAAUCUGCAAGCUUAGGUAGAGGCAAUGACAGCGAAAUCAAAAUUUCUGACGUUUCAGUUAGCCGAAGACAUUGCAAACUGAAAUUCAUAGAUGGAAAUUUUGUAUUGGAAGACAGCAACAGCAAAUUUGGCACUCUCGUGCUGAUGAAAAAAUCUUUUAUUCUGCAGCCACAUACAGAGGUUACUGUCCAAAUCGGACGAACUAUAGCCCAUUUAGUAUCAAAAGAGCCUUUUAGCUGCAAAUCUUGCCUUUGGGCUUUUGGGAUAAAAAAAGUGGUUCCAAUAACCCAUUGUUCCUAUUUGACGCAGGCUGAUAUUAUUGAAGACAACCCUGCCGCUUUUGGGGCUCCUACAAGCUCAGUUGUAGAAGAAACCAACGUCAGGAAUUACAGUGACUCGGAAAUUAAAUGGAACCGAGAAGACAUGGCCCAUCAAGAAGUUUCGAUUGCAAUUGAGACAGUAAAUGAAGAAGAAAAGUCCAUUAGCAAUGACAGGAUAUUAAAUGAAGCUUCAAUAAUAUAA